AUGGUCUUGGGGAACAAAAUCAAAGGGUUUCAAAUUAAAGCAGUGCAAAAUGGGUGUGGCGGAAAGACCCUGGUUAUCCAGGGGGGACGGGCAUGGUCUCCAAUGGGGGGGCGCAGGGUUAAGGUUAGGUGUGGAGAAGCCCUGGACUCCAGGGGGGCUAUGCUGCAGGCGUCCGUUUGGGGGCGGCCUGGCAUCUACAUCAUGGGGGUUAAGGUUAUGUGUGGAGAUGCCCUGGCCCCUCCAGGGGGGGGCCUAUGUGCAGGCGUGGGGGCGGCCUGGAUCUACAUGGGGUAG